AUGUCUCUACGGAUCAUGUAUUCGAGGUCCUUAGUACUCAAAUAUUCUUCCAAUUUCUCGGCUGCGAAUCCACAUGAUCUCUUCAUUUUAGGUUUUCUUAUGCCCAGGAUAGGGCUAGACGUUCCAUCGAGCUUUUAUUUGCCAGUUUCAGGAACUAUGUUAUCGUUGUUUAUUCCUGUUAGUGCAGGCGUGAUGUCGCUUUUCUUGAAGGUGGAAAAGAGGGAAAGAGGUGGUGAUGAAUAUUGGAGGAUUCUCGGAUUCGAGGAUGGUGAGGAUGGGAGCCUAUAUCCAUUGGAUGGUUUGCCGUUCUCUCGUCAGUUACCAUAUCCCUCCAAAGAAGGCCGGCCCGACAACGCUCAAACUUCCGGCUACAGCCGCCAAGCGAGACUCUCCUUUGUUGCUAUCAAGCGCUCCACAUUAGCCGAUAGGACAGGGCAAAAUGAUGGACCUCCUCCUGGUUGCUGGAGGCACUUUUACAGUCAGACGAUUUGA